GCCUUGGCCGGCAGCUGGAGGCUGGGGAGCUGGGAGGCAGCGGGCGCCGCUGGAGGAGGCUGCGCGCUGGGUGUAUAUAUAGCUCCCUGCCGGUGCCCGCAUCUCCCCUUCGCUGUGGCUGCGAUCUGAGGCUGUAGCAGGAGCCCUCGGCUGGGAGCGGGCGCGCUGGUGCCCCCCCCCCCACCUUCCCUUUGUCCUGGAGGAGAAGGCGGCUGCACCGCGGAGCCAGGUUUCCAGCGUUGGAUUGUCUUCUCGGGCAAAUUGUCACCCAUGGCAGUAAAACUUGUUUUCCAGCGUUCUGGGUUAAAUGGACUAACUGGCUCUCAUUCUGAGGGAACCUAAUGUAUAUAUCUUGCUUUAAAUAAAUCUCUACUGUAUGACAAAAAGAUUUCUCAAGUCAGGAAGCUGCUGUGAAAGCCAUUGAAGCAGCAUAAAAAUGUGAAUCUAACAAGACUCCAAACAGCUUGAGAAAGAGUUUUCUACUGAUCAGUUUGUAAUUUAAAUCCUUAACUGAAGCAUGCAUAAUAGUUAAACUGGUUGAAGAGAGAGCUUGCUCCUUAAAUCGGACUGUCAAAAAAGCAGUAACCUGAAAUUUCAAAAUGAGUGCAUCACUGGUACCAAGUGAGCCAUGUUACACCCAGCUGCAGGACAACAGAAAUGAAAUAAAAAAUAACAAUGAAAGCAUAAUAAGUAUGGGAGAUACAAAUGCCAACCAAAUUAUGACAAAGGUCAGAAGCACUGAAGGGGAGGUCCAGAGAUGUGAUUUGACAGCUGAUCCUGGAAGUGUGCAUACUGGUGAGUCAGAGAACAUUACGCAGUUGGAUACAGAGCAGAAUAAACUUCUGGUCUUUAAGGAAUCUCAGAUUUGUGACAUCAAUGUUCAAAAAUUUAGGUUGCCUCCUACCAUAAACAAGGAAUUGGGUAAAGAUUACAGGACUGAUGAAGUUAAGGAUACUUCAAAGAAAAUUCGAAUUAGCCGAGGAAAAAGUCUGUCUAAUUUGAAGAGCAGUGCAAAUGACACCAGUUCAGGGGUUCUUUCAAAAGAUGAUGAUGAAUUUACCCGGCAUAUUUCUAAGGAUAAAAUGAUCAGGACCAUGGAAGCUGAAGGAAUAAAAAGGCUUUCUUUGGGAAGAUCAAGUAAAUUUUCUACUAAAACAGAAGCAUUUUCAAAAGAACGUGUGUCGUGUAAACGUUCGCUUUCUGCAUCACUGGAUUCCAUUGAUACAUCACAUCAUUUGAUUGGUGAUACUGAGAAAUCACAGAAAACACCAGUGGAUCAUUUUCUAGGUAUGGUUUUUCAUCCACUUGACAAUACCUCAGAGGAAAAUACAGUGUUUUCUUCAAAACCAUCUACCUCAGAAAACAAGAAAGUAAAUAUUCCGGAGAUCCAAAUGGAAGUGGAAGAUGUACCAAAUGUUAACAGUAAAAGCACACUGCAUCCUACUCACAUAGAUCUAAAUUUAAGUGGUAAGCCCAGUGAAGUCUCUAGUAAGUCAGAAGCACAAUUAGGUCAGGGUGAUAAGAGUAAAAAACUGGAGCUAAAAAAUCCACCACUUGUACCAUCUAAGAAUAUUUGUCAACAAAAAAUUGAGAGAAUUAUGUUGGUAGAAUUUCUAGGAUGUCAAAGAGAAGAAAGUACAUUAGUACAAGAGAAGAAAGGAUGUGGAGCUGAAGUGUCCAAAAUGCAAGCUCCCCAGUUUCAAGACUUUUGUAGUAAAGUAGGGGAUCCGCUCUUAAACCAAGUGGUAGCCUAUGCUGAAGACAGACUACUAAGUGGUAAUAACACCUGCCCUGGGUUAGGAAGAGGAAGCAGUAAUGAUGAAAACAGGGCAGCUAAUCAAGGUCAUCAGGAAUACAUAACAGACAAAGAAAUUGGAUCUGUAUUUCCUCUUAGUGAUGAUAGCAAAUCCAGUGGCAAACUGACACCUACAAGAAAUAGAAACUUACUUGAAGCUGGUACAAGUUGCAUUCAGACAGUUGGUGGGCAUAUAUCUUUUCUACACAACGUUAGUCUUCCUUACAGCAAAACCAUGAAAGUUAAUGAGAAUAAACUGAUGCUAGUCAAAGGGAACACUGAAAACACCACAAUGUCUGCCUCUGAUCUCUCAGAUCAACACAGAGUGCUUAGUACAGAAACAAUGUCAAAUGAACACCCAAACAACCAGAAUAAUGAUAUGGAAACCACAAGCUUUUCAGUUCAGAAUAAAAAGACAGCUAUUGCAAAGAAAUAUCUUUCAGAUGAAGCAUCAGAGAGUUAUAAAAUUUCAGCAAGGGCUGAUGCCUUUUUCUGUGUCCCAACUUCCUUGCGCCCAGUGGCAACUGUGAAUGUUAAUAAUCAGCCCACAAUUUCAAACAGCAAUUUAAAGGAUCUUUAUUCACUUCAUGUUGACAAGCUGUCACCCUCCUCAGUCCUAUCUCCCAUUGACAGUACCCAGUUGUUAAAUAUAUCCCCUAAAGUGCCUAUCAAGACUGCUGCCAACAGUGGAAUCCCCAAACCAAUCCUUGUCCAUUCCAAGGGCUCCCUUACAGCCAAAGGUGAUGUGGAGAGCGACAGCAGUGAAAAGCGUGAAGAAAACAUUGAGAUAAAACCUGCCAUACCCAAACCCAAACAUGUGAGACCUAAGAUCAUCACUUACAUUAGAAGAAAUCCUCAGUCUAUAGACCAUCUUGACCCUUCCUUUGCCUCAACUGAGCUGCCCUAUGGUCCCCCUGUGUGCGGUAUGCCCAUGGCAAAAGAACAGCAGAUAUUGAGUGGUGGGGACAUUAAACCAUCUAACAUUCUGUAUGACAAAUUUAAACCCGACUUGCAAAAGCCAAGAAUCUAUGGUUCAGGACUCGUGGUAUCUGGCAUUAAACCCCCAGGGCAUCAUUUUGGUCAAAUGAGUGAAAAGUUUUUACAGGAGGUUGGGAAAAGGCCUAUGAAAGAAGAAUUCUGUUCUCCGCCGUAUACCCACUAUGAGGUAUCCCCAAGUUUUUAUCGAUCUGCCAUGAUACUUAAACCACAGUUAGGACUGGGUGCGGUUUCCAGGUUGCCCUCUGCAAAAAGUAGGAUUUUGAUUGCAAGUCAAAGGUCCUCAGAUAGCUGCCUCCAUCAACCAGGACAAAUAACAAAUGCGUCCAGCCUUUAUCAUCCUGAGGCUUCAGUUGAUCUAAAAAAAGGCCCGUGCCCAAAUGCUGCAAAAUCCAAUCUCCCCAAGCCAUGUCAAUCUGGACUUCGUCCUCCUGGCUAUUCACGCUUGCCAGCAGCUAAGUUGGCAGCAUUUGGUUUUGUCAGGAGCUCGAGUGUAUCCUCUGUCUCAAGCAACCAGUCAAAUGACAGCGUUCAGAGUGAUCAAAGCAGAACAACCAACCGUUCAAACUUUGGCAGUGAAGAGCAAACCCCUCCUAAGGCAUCUGUGCCUUCUAAAGAUUUACCCAAGGGGACCAGUAGGACUGCACUGCAGGUAUCAACCAGCACAGCAACUCCCCGCAGGAGUUUACUUCCAGCACCAAAAACUACCAUAACACCUGCUGCAGGUGUGAAGAAAGAAGUACAAAAAGAUCAAGAUGCAAAUAAACCCACUGUGUCAUCCCCUAAGAGAUUAGCAGUAUCAGCCACCAAGCUCCAUUCACCAGGACACCCUAAACAAAGGGCAGCUGUUCCAAGGAAUGGAUUUUCAACCAAGGCAGAUCUGCAGACUCGAGAGGCCGAACGGCAGUUCAUGCAGCAGCUGAAGGAAAAGUGUGACAAGCAGUCCAGGCAAUUCAGCUGUAUUCAAGAGGAACUUAAAAGGGCCAGUCGUGGCUUUGAGGUCUUCGCUGUAACAACACAGCAUUUCUUUCGGAAGAAUGAAAGUGCCCUUGUGAAAGAAAAGGAGUUGUCAGUGGAGCUUGCAAACAUCAGGGAUGAAGUUGCCCUCAACACAGCAAGAUGUGAGAAAUUACAAAAAGAGAAGGAGGAACUGGAGAGAAGGUUUGAGGAGGAGGUGAGGAAGCUGCAUUGGCAACAGCAAGAAGAGCUGCGUGCACUUGAGGAGAGGUUGCAGUUACAGUACAGGGGUGAAAUGGACCUCUUGCAAGAGGAACACAGUCUUCAACUUGUGAGGAUCAAGUGUCAGCACCAGGAACAGGUGGAAGAUAUUUCAGCCACUCACGAAGCUGCAAUGUUAGAGAUAGAAAACAAUCAUACAGUUGCCAUUGCAGUACUCCAGGAUGAGCAUGACAACAAAGUUCAAGAACUGAUGUCUGCCCACGAACUGGAAAAGAAAGAAUUGGAAGAGAGUUUUGAAAAACUGCGGCUGUCACUCCAGGACCAAGUAGAUACCCUCACCUUCCAGAGCCAUUCUCUAAGGGACAAGGCAAAGCGAUUUGAAGAGGCUUUAAAGAAAAACACUGAAGAGCAACUAGAGGUUGCACUAGCUCCAUAUCAGCACUUAGAAGAAGAUAUGAAUAGCCUGAAGCAGGUUUUGGAAAUGAAAAAUCAGCUAAUUCAUCAACAGGAAAAGAGGAUCAUGGAACUGGAAAAGCUGGCUGAAAAAAACACAAUACUGGAAGAAAAAAUGCAGGUCCUGCAACAGCAGAACGAAGACAUGAGAGUCCGGAUUGAUCGGAAUACCCUUGUGACCAGGCAGUUAUCUGAGGAAAAUGCUAAUCUUCAAGACUACGUGGAGAAAGAAACCAAGGAAAAGAAGAGGUUAAGCAGGACUAAUGAAGAGCUACUUUGGAAGCUCCAGACAGCGGAGCCCAUGAGCCCGGUUAAACUGUCUCCUACGUCUCCUACACCAAUUUAUCGCUGUUCAUCGGGGCCUCCUACUCCCGCAAAAGUCAGCACGGUGCCAAGAUGACCGCUCCACGCGGCUGCAGAAGUUAACUGGGCUUUUAUACAUUUUUCCAAUCCGCUGAAUGUGAUCAUCCAAGAAAGUAUUAACAACCAUAGAUACCCAGGGUUGGUUACUGCAAGCAUGCUCUGUAGCUGCAUAAGUGUAAGCUAGGCAGUGUACUAUUAUCAGUGUACUAUUAUCAUAGAAGCUCCCGGUACUGGCACACUGAUGUCGUAGAGUAGUAUAACCAGUGUAGUCUGAUGUGUAAACAUUUUGCCAUGGUUAGAGCCAAAAGAAAGAAAAUCCUACUACUAAUGGUUCAUCAAAAUGAACCUUUGCUGCAGUGUUUCAGGUUAGUUACAAACAGUUCAUGUUUUGAAUAUCUAUAUAUGUAUGUGUGUUUAUAUAUAUGUAUGUAUUCAUCCUAUAUAGGUGUAUAUAUUGACACACACAACAUAUAUGGAGUUGAAGAUGUUCUGAAUUGCAUUUUUUUAUAUUGUUGGAUACACUACUAAGUGCUGAUAUAUUUUCAUUAUGGUCAGCAGUUUUGUAACUUGUGCCUAAGACUUAUAGCUAAAUGAAAUGCAUUUCUGUCAAGCCUCCCAGGAAUAUUUCUACCCAAAAUAGAAGAAAGUUACUUAGAAAUAGAAGCGCCUUCCAAACUACCACCAAGUGGUACACUAUAUACCGUGAACACCAGCGACAAUGAGAUUCUAAAAUAGUACUGCCUUCAAAACCAUCACCUUCAUACUCAAUGCCAGAUAAGGCCACGCAUUCCAGUCUCCAACUUUCAAUUAUUAUUAGCAUCAAUGUUGUGAGUGGAUGUAGGAUAGAGACCGAAACCCAGAGGGUUUUAGCACAUUCCAUACAGUUUAUUUGAAAGAGUGACUCCAUUUUACUCUCUCAAACCCUAUUUAUCCUUUUUUUUUUUUUAACUGAACACUUUUGGAAGCACUCCGAAUCUAUAACAAAUCCAGUCCCAGAUUAUUUUGUUGCAAGCCCUAGAAAGAAGGAAAAAAAUAUUUGCUGUGACCUUGACAUUUGGCCAAAAGCAUUAAACCCCUAGAGGGAUGUUCUAAGAAUUUAGAUCCAGUUUGCCUCAGGGUACAGGGGAUCCUGCACAUACUAGGCUAUUGUUUGCCCUUGUUAAUGGCCAGGAGAACCUCAGGGAAGAUCUAUGGGGCUUCAUGGAUCCAACUGAGGCCAGAAUUUUGUCCCUCGGCAUAUAACCCAUAUAUUUUGAGGCCAGACUACCUUAAACCUCUGCCUUCCAGGCAAAAUGCAAAUACUCUUAGGUUUCCCUGUUAUAUUAACCCCCUUUGCUGCAGCUGUUAACCAUGCGUGUGUUGCAGCGGUAACUUUCAGUGCAGUGCCUGUCUAGACCAGAUGGAAUGUCACACCAUGCUGAGUGAACACGCUGGUUUCCCAGGGGUACAGCACCUCAAACAGCAGUUAGAAUGAGAAGGGGUUAACAGUAUUUGAUCUGGAUCCUGGGUACAGGAAGGGAACUGCACAAAGCCAAGCGAGGUCCUGUUGUCUUUGAUGUUCUCUAAAUGUGGGUCCCAGCAUUUGUAUCAGAUUUGUUUGUAUUAGACUGUGAAAGCAUUUGAUGUAGGGAGGGUAGGCGUGUGAGUCACCCACACAAAAGCAAAAACAAUUUUUUAAAUGAUAUGAUGCUUUUAUUUUCAGUUUGUGGCAAAGACCCUGCACUUUUUCCUGCCUAUUCACAGAGCACACUGUGUGCUCCAGGACCUGACCAAGUUACAGCCAGGAUGUAAAUACGUACAGAAAAUAUUCCAGGGUCAUGAAGCAAUGUGAAAGAGUUGUUGUCACAAGGUGGGUAUACAGCUAAUGACUCGCAUGGAAGCAGGCAGGAAGGCAUUUACUCCAGCAAACAUGCGCAUUGUUUGCACUUGAAAUAUGCUUCAGCUUUCCUGUGAUGUAUUCAGAAUGCUCAGGCUGCAGCUUAGGUACAGCCAGCUUCAAUCUAAGUGUUUUUGGCCCAUCCCAAGGUGUAAAAAUUAGGUUAAUUUUUUUUUUUUAGAGAAAUUUAUUUUUGUAGCAGGUUUGCAUGAUAUUAUGAUACUGAGUACGUUGAACAUCUUAUUAGACUAGACCAGGCCAUAUUUGACUAACACCGUUGAAAUACAUGACUAGAUUGUAUGUGUUCAGCAAGUACACCCUGAAAGUAGGAGAGCUGUUAAAGAAUAAAAACCACUCUCACUAUAAUUUUAGUCACUUUCAUACUGCACUUGCUCAGUGCACAGGUACUCUGCAAUACCUACUUCAUUGUUAUGUUCCAGUCUAGUGCAAUGUGUUCUAUUACGGUACGAGUUGUUACCAUGAUGUUAAUCUAAAUUAUCCCAUGUGCUACUCACUAAAACGUUUUACUGUCAUGAUCUGAGCUGGCUAAGCCAGUCUGUUUUCCUUCAUCAUUUCUCUGUUUACGGUGCUUUACUCAUCCUUUUAUCAGCUAAAUGCACAUGCAAUGGAUGCUCCCAGCAAUGAAUUGGGAGUUGGGGCUUUAGUGGUGGGCAGACUGGGCUGCCGGCGACCCCCAACAUCAUUUGGUGUCGUUUCUAUUCUCCCUGUCUUAUAAUAGUCAUUUCCUGAUGGUGUUUGACACUGGAUGCUGAUGCUUCUAUUCAUGUGACUACAGUUGGUUGUCCGGGGUUUCUCUUCCCCAUUCCCUAGGGGGAAGCCACCCGGGAUUUCUCUUCCCGGUUCCCUACAGGAGAGGGGGGAGCUGCCUGGGGCUUCCCCUCUCCCCCUCUGCUCCCUGCCAGAGCUGGGAAGCCUUGUCAAUUUCACAGCUCAGCUAUGAAAUUGACAAGGCUGCCCAACUCCUGGCAGGGAGCUGGUGGGGAGGGGGGCCCGCUGGGGCUUCUCACCCUGGCUGCUGGCUGGGAGCAGGGUCUGAAGCCCUCCCCCCCACACACUCCAGCUUCUAGCCCUGGCUCUAAGUCAGGGGCGGGGUCCAGCCACCCAGCAGAGUGACACAGCUGAGCUCUAGCUGCCCAGCUUUCUUGUCAAUUUCAGGGCUCCUGCCAUGAAAUUGACAAGACAGCCAAGGGUAGAUGUAAGGGACGCAGUGUCUGUCACCCUAAUUACACCAACAUAAGCCUUACGCCUCUCGUGGGGGUGGAGUUAUGAUGUUGGUGUAGCAGGGCACUUACAUCAGUGGGAGGAAGGCUGUAGUGUAGACACUGACAUAUUUAGGUUGACGUAAGCUGCCUUAUGUCGACUUAACUGUGUAGUAUAGACCAGCCCUCAGCAGCAGUAUUACCACCAGUGAGCCUUUCCCUGACAAGUGGUAAGCAUAUCACCCUCCAGUAUAAUCCAUAAACCAAGCUUUUUUAAAUGGCAGUGGAGAACACUGCCCCUCUGUCAUAUAAUCUUGUUUCCUAACCUAGCACCCAUCCCCCCUCCUCUUUCCCUGCCCACACCUCCACUUACAAACACUAACAUCUGCUGGCAUGAAGUGGUUGGCCAGGGAGAUGUAACUGUCUGGUGCAAGAAUGGCAUUGAAGCGAAUGCAGUAAGAGCCAAACCUGUUUACCUUGUGCACCAGAAUUCCCACUAAAAUUUCAGUGGGAGUCACAGGUGCACUAGGAAGCUAGUACCCAGGUCUGUAGGUUGGGGGAAAGAUUUUGUUUUCAGGACCUGGGUUUGUUUACUGGCUGGACUUCAGGCAGCAACACAUUUGUGGCUGACUUGGCUGAUCUUUCACCUACCAUCGUUAAGGUGUUGGCUGAAAUGACAGGAAAUGUACUGGGCUCUAGAUAGGGUUUUAAAAAGCAGAAGCAGCAGGAUUUUGAUAACUCAUCACUAUCUAUUCAGAGGAAAAGUCAGUGGGGGCCUAUCCUCUAUACCAAGCCACAAGAAAAGAGCAAAUAUGUUAGGGGGAAAAUUUGCACCAGUGCAAAGAAGAAUCAGCUCAGAGCCCUGUAAACUUAUGUAAGACCCAUCAAAGAGCUACUGGGUGAAGAGGGGCCAAGGACAGUCCUGCUGUACAGGAGUUCUUUAAGCACGCUGAAACUGUGGGUGCCCAGAGAUCUGUGACUACAUGGAUUCAGUGACUCUAGCAACCCUAUUUUAGCCCUUGGGUUUAAAUAGCAACCACAAUGGGGCACUGCUACAGAUCCCCAGGUUGCCUGUGGGCUGGGUUGGUAAAAUGCAUCGCCUCUAGCUCCACAGCACAGGCAUCCGGUGAAGAGAGCUGUAGCUCAUGAAAGCUUAUGCUCAAAUAAAUUUGUUAGUCUCUAAGGUGCCACAAGUCCUCCUUUUCUUUUUGCGGAUAUAGACUAACACGGCUGCUACUCUGAAUCCAGGAGAGAUGAAUCUCACCCUGUUACAGUAGCAUUUCCUGAUGGCAUGAGUGCAGGCCUGCGGAAGACACUUGGGGAGGAUUACAGUUUAUUGGCUGAAUUUAUCUAUGUUUUGCAGCCAGUGUAAAUAGCAGGAUUUUCAAGCACAUAACUAUGGUGCAUCGUAUGUCCUAGACCGUAACAAUGUGGGGAUUCACUGUCAAAACAAAUGUCAUUAUAUUAUACCAAAACAGCAGCAGGCUAGCAAAGCAUUGUGAUUGUAGCUGGAGUUCUCACCCUGUCAGCACAUGCUCUUAAUGUUGGUUAGCAUGGGGCUGUUCAUGCAUUGUGCCUCAAUACCAGAACAGUAAAUGAUCCACUUACAAAUAAACCCUACCGGCUAGUGAAGGCUGAAUAAGGAUUGUGGGGAGAGGGACUAUCUUUUACAAGGCAAGUGCUCCUGAGACUUAAUUAUGGAGGAACCCUAUCAGUUCCUCCGCUUGCUCUCCUCAUUAACCCACGCUGUGAGAAUACAAAGUAAAGGCUGCCAAACCACUCUUUGAUUUAGCCAGCCCUGUACCCACUAAUCAUUAGAGUUUCUGCAUCUCUCAAAGGGCUACAGAGUGUAUACUUUUCCUCCACAGCAAAUGUCCACAAAGACAGCUAUUUAGCUACUAAAAGUGACUUUAUUGUUAUAUUGGAAGCCAUCCAAUAGAAAGUGAAAUAACAAUUUUACAAUAAAGGAACCAGAAUACAUGCCUGAGCUUCAGUGGGCUUUGUGGAUGCUCAACAAUUCUCCUAAUCGGGCUAGUUUAACUUAGAUGCUUAAGUGUGGGUUUUACUAACUUUAGGCAUCCAGGUUUGAACAUUUUGGCCUAAGUUUGUAAUUCAAUGCACAUAAUUAUGGCUGUGCUGUAAACCUCUGUAAAACCACAUUUUAUAAUGGAAAUGCCUUUAACUGUGGAAGGAUACAAUAAAUCCCUCUUUUCCUCCACCUCCACUGCAAACUCAAACUGUCCAGUAGCUAAAGCAGAAUUACCGUCACUUCUAUAGGUCACUAGGUCCUGCUUUCAUUAAUACAACUAAGCCACAGGGCUAGCAUCUGAAAUGAGGUUCUGUCCAAAUGUUGCGGGGGGGGUGGUCAGAAGGCAGGUUUUGGUUCAGUCCGUUUCUAGGACAUAGCAAGGGGAAGUUGGCAAGAGUAGUCGGAUUGCUCCCAUUCAUGGCACAUCACUUGAGCAUCAAGAUCGUGACUGGUUUAUGAAUAGCAUUCGACUUUAGUUUUCAUUUAGUUUGUAAGUAUUGAGCAGGUGAACUGAUCAGUGUUGGGCUCAGCAAUGGGUAGGGCGGGGGGAGGGUGUGUGUGUAACGUUGGUGGCACAGGGCCUGUAGGUAGCACACGUUAUGUGAUUAUUCUUCCACUCCCUGUCCCUUACAGAGAUGACUCAGCCAGGCAGGUCAAUGAUACUUGAUUAUUGCUAUUACCUUUUAGAUAGCAAAAGAAUGCAGGUGAUAUAUACAUAGGGAAUAAUUACUCCUGGGGACCAUUGGAUGUCACAGUUGCUCUAUAAAAAUACAACUGCAAGCUUAUUUGGGGGCCUGGCCUUAAGCAUAUGUAUUAUCUGUACUGCAGCAGCACCCAAAGGACCCUAUCAGACUGAAGGCGCCAUUGCAGUUGCUGUACAAACACAAAUUAAACCAUGGCCCCUGACCCAAGGAUGGUCCCUGGAGAGAGUUUUUUAAAGAGCCCAUCCGCCCCCAACCAUCUUCAAAUUCCUCCCACCCAAAAAGUGUCUUCCUCAGAAAGAAUGAGCAUAUGAAGCAGGGCCUCCUUGAGACCACACCCAGCUGGUGAGCAGCCUUACUUAGGGCUUGUCUACACUUCUGGCUAAAUCAGCACUGCUGCAAGCGAUGCAGUGGUGUUGAUUUAGCGGGUCAGGUGAAGACAAGCUAAGUCGAUGGCAGAGCACUCUCCCAUUGAUGUCUGUACUCCACCUCCCCGAGAGGCGGAAGGUUAGCCGGCGGGCGAGCAUCUGCCAUUGACACAGCACUGUGUAGACACUGCUGUCAGUCGAUGUAAGUUCCGUCAACUUCAAUUACUUAACUGAAGUCGCAUAACUUAGGUCGACUGACAGCUUUAGUGUAGACCAGCUAUUAGAGGCAAAUGAUGAAAAAGAGUCAGAGAGCAACAAAUUCUUUCUUGUCUCUUUUUUUCUUCACAUCUGUCUGUGGGACAUGAGCAGUGUUUGAAUUCUUGCAACUAAGAAAUUUGCAUAAAUCAGAUCAGUAGUUAAGUUCCUGCAUUUCACUGAAAUAAUUUGCUUACGAUAAAUCAGCAGGUACCUAAUGGUUACGUUCAUUUUUUGGCGAGAAAAAAAAACAAACUAACAAAAUCAGGUAUUUUAUGUCUCUGCACUGAUUGCAUUUGUGUCCCAUGGACACACUGGGGAUCCUUCUGUAAAGUGUUUCCCACGCAGUAGGAGUUCUGUAGUCUGAUUUAAUACGUGGUUAAUGAAUUACAGGAAAAGUUUGUAUUAUUUCUGUUAUGAUGUACAGAUGAGUGUAAUAUAUUCCUGAUAAUAAAUUCAUGCUCCAGCAAAAAUAUGGAUGGAAGCAUGCAAA